AUGUCCGACGAAGAACCCAGUCGAAUCUCAAGAUCGGUGCAGUCCGAUGAUCGACCGAGUUCUUCGGGAACAAACCGGCUUUUCGUGGCCGAAGAGUUUGCGCGCUCUUUACUGGGUUCAGUGGAGAAGUUUCACAUGCAUGCGAAACACCGUCAGUCAAAUGUACACGUUGUGAAUGUGCUGAAUUUGAUGCAAAUUGGCGGUGCUUCUGGCUCGUCGAAGAUCGACUAUGAUGUAGUUCGUUCGCUGAUUCGUUCGCCGACGGCUGAUAAUGCCUAUGUCUCAUCAACUAGUCUCGAUGGAUUCGCUGCGCACUACUUCCAUCCUGGGCCUGGAUUUCUCCGAAAGAAUUGUUAG